AUGCCUGAUGGUCUGUCCUCAACAACGCAGGCAACUGAGAAAAGGACCACUAUGCCAAGUGAGCAAAACCUUGACGAUGGCGAUAUCGCGUUUGCUACUCAGUCAAGCGAUUCCGCUAUCGACAUGGAUGAAUGUGGGAAAAAGGACUUCCCUAUUUGGUCCGGUGUGGAUCUUGUCUCCAUCGGCAGUGGCGUGACAGUCGACGCGUCAGUGAGAUCGAGUUUACGUUAUCGCGCUCGCAAACUCCGAUCCCACACGGCAUUACUAAAGCGUAAGAUAGCUGCUGGAUACCACCAAGCGUACUUGAAAUGGUGUGUAGGGACAAUACUCUUCAUCACAAUCUGUGUGGGCGCAAUACAUCUAUAUGAAACUUCCGAUGUAAGUGACUUUUUUGGCUGGGUGGAGAAGGCACCCAUAUGGACGGUUACAGUUGUCUGUACGGUUAUGUAUUUCUUUGUGUCCCUCCCCAUAGGCUGGGGCUAUAUCUGUAUCAAUAUGCUGCAAGGUUACUUGUAUGCCUGGUGGGGUUUGCCGCUGACGAUGGUGUCCGCAAUGAUCGGUACGGUAUCCGCUACGCUCACGUGUAAAUACUUUCUGCACGACUACGUGCACUCCAAAGUAGAGGGCUAUCCGACAAUGUCCGCUCUUCUCCGAGUGGUAAAUCGGCCUAAUUCCCAGUCGCGUGUCAUCAUACUAUCACGCCUAUCACCUUUCCCUUAUGGAUUACAAAACGCGGUAUUCUCUCUAAGUAAUGUGGACAUGAUCACAUAUGCGUCGUAUACACUGGUAGGGUGCAUUCCGAUGCAAGUGGUUAAUACUUAUAUGGGAACCACGCUGCGAGACAUCCGGGAUGUACUGGCCCGCAGAGGUGAAGUGAGCGUUUUCACGUACGCAGUUUUCGCUGCACAGCUUGUUGUGGGCAUACUUUUACUUGCCGGGGUGUUGUACGCCACCAAAGUCGAGUUCAACAAAAUGGUAGAGAAUAGCCCAGUCAAUGAUAUUCAGGGUGCAAGCGACAUCGAGAGUGGGUUGGACUCGAACUCUGAUAGUGAUGCGGAGUACAUCCAUGACGAGAGCAUGGGUGGUGAAACAAACUGUACUUUCUCUAGGGUUGAAGGUAUCGACGCGGACACUGUUGACGCUGCAGAAAAUGAGGACGAACUGUCACUAUAUUCGCUGUGCAGUGAUGACAACGUGUCUUUGAUCUCGAGUAAUGAGAUGUAUAGGUAA